UCUUAAUAGAGGAAUAAAGUGGAAGUGGUAGUAAAAGAUCAAAACAUUCAGCAGCAAUUGUGUGUGAGAGAAAACCAAUCUAAAAGAGAAUGAGAUUGUAAGAUAAGAAAGGAGCAGAAGCUUGCGUUUCGCCCACGUGCUCUCUCGCGUCUUCUAGCGACUUUCAGCAGCUUUCAGUCCAAAAUGGCGGCAGCGCCUCCGCAGCGCCAUCUAUAGACCGUUGCCCUUAUCACUACAGAGUUUCUCUUUGAGGCAGGUGCGCGUCACAGAUGCAGAUACAGAGGUGCCGCGGUCACUCUAGAGUCUCUCUGAAAUCAGAUAUCAUUCAAAAUGUCUAUUUCGACAUUUCAGAAGCUCACUAUAGUGUCAUGCGUGGUGUUGUGCGUCGCGCUUCUGCUGCCUAAAAUGCUUUUAUCGCGAGGAAAGAGAGACACACCGCACACCGAAGGGCCUCCCAUGCCACACAGACCGCCUGUAUCCGAGGAGCAGCGGCACUUCUCCAGAGCCCACAACCCUGAAGCCAUCGCCCGGGCCAAAGGAGCCGGUACUGGCACCAGUACCGGAGGGAAGUCCAACCUCGCAGGGCAGAUCAUUCCCAUCUACGGCUUCGGGAUCUUACUGUACAUCCUUUACAUUCUGUUUAAGAUCACGUCCAGAGGCAAAACAGCGGAACCUCCAAAGAGCCGAUUCACUGCUGUCAGAUCAGAAAACAUGAAGAGGAAAAUAACUGAUUUUGAGUUGGCUCAACUGCAGGACAGACUGAAUGAGACGAAGGACGUGAUCGAGAGAAUCAUUUCUGCAGCGAGCGCUGGCUCAGACAGUUUGGGAGGACCGGUGGCCGUGGAUGAGGAGCAGCAGUUACUGUACCAGCUGCAGGAGAUCACUCGCGUCAUGCAGGAGGGCCAGUUCAUGGACACUGUCCCAGCAAACACUGACCACUCCUGUGGCCGCGAGUGGGACGGUCUUCCUGAGAACGGUGGGAAAGAGCUGAAUGAGCGUUUCUGUUGUGUUCAUUCACCUCGCAGGAGCUCAGACGCACAGAUGAGAGAGAGCGAGGAUCAUGAGACGAGCCGUCCUGAUGAAGAGUCCGUCAGUGACCAUGAUGCGAGGACAGAUGGCAACAGAAACACCAAGAUAGAGGACAUUUCUUUGCGUGACUCCACCAGCCAAUCACAGCCAGAGACAGCAACUCUAACAGGAAGUGACAUCACAUCCGGCCCAGUGUCAGAACACAGCAUCAUCAGGCGGAGAAACAAACAAUAAUCCACCUAAAUGAUAAUGCAUUGCUUUAUUGAAGAUUCGUUUGCUGCAUGGGCGUCUUUCACCUUCUAUUGAGCACUAAAGGUCUUCAAUUGUCUCUCAGUGGAUGGUGUUUGUUAGACACACAGGAAAGAGCAGCUGUGUCAACAUAUCACACAUGAGCUCAGGGCCUUUACAACUCUAAACUGAUGAGUAUUGAUGAUCAAUAUCCUCUCUAUUGUACAGGUACCUCAGCCUGUGUUCAUAAUGUAAACAAUAUGCAAACAUAGUUCUUGUGUUCGGAAAAAAGUGAGGCGUUUCAGCUGCAGGAAGUAUCUACUGAC